UCAGUCUACCUAAUAAAAAUUACACAAACAGAUCCCAUCUGUUGAUCUCGAGAACUCAGUUAGCCAGACAAUUAUGUCAACAACUUCUAGAAAUGCCGACUCUACACCAAUCAGUUGAUGACAUCACUCCAACCACAGUUGGAUGGAAAAUAAAAAUGACAGUUCUACAAAAAUUUCCACCACGAACAAGCAUGAGUUCACCAGUCCGAUAUCAGAAGCUGUAUUUAUCUGAUCCAAAGGGGACGAAAGUAGAUGCAGUAAUUUUCGCAGAAGAUAUUGAAGCUUUGGAGGACACUUUGCAUGAGUUACACACCUACCACAUCAGUGAUGCCCGUGUCAACAGAACCCCUGCCAGAUACCUUAAAAAUGGCACAAAUUACAAUUUUAGCUGGACGCUGAACUCAAAAACACAAGUUGUUGAGGUCCAAGAUGAAGACAAACAAAUUUCUAAGCCAGUCCAUGAGUUCGUUUCGUUUAAGAACUUGUCAUCUGACAAAUACUCCAACACACCACAAGAUAUCAUAGGAGUAGCUGUCAAGAUAAACCCAACAAAAGUGGUGAACACAGUGUAUGGACAGCGAACCAUACAAGAAAUUUAUCUAAUCGAUGACAGUUGUAGCUUCCACCCGAUAUGUUUAACUCUGUGGGGUGCUUUGGUACAAGAUAUUAGUGAAAAAUUGUCUGAAGUUACUGGAAACAACCCAAUAAUAAUGGGAACAAAGAUGAUUGUUCAAACUAAGAGAGGACUGUCGUUGUCAAGCCGUGAAUCAAGUACAAUCGAAAUCAAUCCUGAUAAUUACGAAGCAACUACUCUUCAUCAAUGGGCUGAAAAUAACAAAGCAGACAUAAAUAAUAUUACUAUUCAAGCACCUACAUUUCAGUAUUCUCCAAAUUCAUCUGCUGCAAAACGAGAAUAUGUUAAGAACAACGAAGUUACCGAUUUGGUAAAACAAUUAAAACCAACUCAGAAAGCAUAUUAUUGGAUUGAAGCUGAAAUCAUAUUAAAAAAUAUCAACCAAGAUUUUUAUUACAUGUCGUGUGAUUUUUGUAAUAAGAAACUUAUGUUCUACAACGACAACGAAGAAACAGAUUGUGAAAAUCCAAAAUGCGGAAAAAGAUGUCUUCCUACACCACGUGCAAGGACAUAUGUACAACUCGACGAUGGUACAGAGUUGCUAGAUGCUGUGAUGUUCGGUGAUGUUGCAGAAAACAUAUUCUCAUGUACUGCAGUUCAAUUAAGAUCAUAUUCGGACGAGAAACAUAAGUUGUUUGUCCAAAAAACUACGAAGCAAUUAUCAGCCAAAAAAUGGAGAAUUCAGUUGUACGUAGAUGCAAACCGAACAAUGACUUCAAAGUACAAUCAGUUCACCAUUCAAGCAGUUGAACCAAUGGAAGAUUAGGAAGAAGUUACCUUUUUUUUUUUUUUUGUUACAGUAAUUUUAUUUUAUUUAGUGUUGAGACUUUUCUUGCUGCUGAGCUUGUUUUUCUUUCUCUUGACUUGUUAUUUAUGGAUUUACAUGGAGUAGUGUAUGCAAGUAUUUCAUAUACCCAAUUUUCUAAAAGUAAAUAAUAAGUAUUAUUUUAUUAUGAUUUA